CGACGGUGAUAAGUGCAUUCGAGCCUCUUAUUCGGGAGCAACUAGCCAUCAAGUGCUGUCUGAAGAACUCAUUUUCUCCUCCCAAUUGCAGAUGUGCAGAUGCGACUGUGCGCACUGCGCAUAACCCCUUAUUCAGACCGUGCUUUCGUCCGAUCACCCGCGGCAUCAUCUUGAUGCCUUGAGACCUCCAGGAUAAAGUAUUAAGUGGGACUGGCAAGAAUCAUUGCAAGAUGAUGUUCUUUUUGCCUCCUCCCCCUCCGCGCUAUUCUACACCUCUCUCUUACACCGCUGGAGUUGCAAAUGGACUUCCUGUUUCCUUGAUUGAGACAACCAACUCCCUCACACAUCCUGAGGGCGGGUGUCCCUUACAGGUUGGUGAAGGAACCUACGAACUCCGAGAUGACGUUCACCUUGCGACCCCACCUCCACAUCCCUCCGAGCCGCUUCCAACUAAUCAAAAUCCUCUGGUUACCGCUCCCUCACCGCCUACGUCCGGUGUGAAGGUCUCUCCUGUCAUAAUCGCGCCGCGCAACAACACUCCGGAUCUGUUUCGAGCAAAUACUUUAGAAAGUACGCAGUCGGAUCUCAGAAUUAUCAGAGAAAGCGAGCAUGAAGGUGCGCGCUCGUCAGAAGCCAGUAACAGCAACUGUCUUUCCAGCGCUACUGCUCCGGCGUUUGGAGAAGGCACGCUGGCCCUUACAACCUCGCAAGGAAGGGAUGCGCCUGGUGUGAAACGCCGAAAGCCGAAAAGCAGUAUCGUCAAGAGCACCUCGACCUUCAUUUCCCGCGUGAUCACGAGUGACCAUGCGCUGAAAAGGCUGGCAGAGAGGAGCCCAGAUGGGCUUUACAUUUUUGCAAAUAUCAACCGGGCUUUUCACUGGUUGGAUUUUAGUGCUAAAAACAAGCAAGAUCCACUCGCAAAGAUACUAUUUAUGAAGGCUCAUAUGCUUUCUCAUGAUGUAAAUGUGGUCACAAAGAGCGUCUCUCACCUAGAUGUUAUAAUGGGCUCUUCUACGGGUGACAUUAUCUGGUAUGAGCCAAUGUCGCAAAAAUAUGCUCGUAUCAACAAAAACGCAAGCAUCAAUGGCUCCCCUGUGAUGCAUAUCAAAUGGAUUCCAGGUUCUGAAAACCUCUUCUUAGCUGCGCACUCCGAUGGCUGUCUGAUGGUCUAUGACAAGGAGAAGGAGGAUGCGCCGUUUUCUCCAGAGGAACCCAAGGGGAGUUCGGAUUCCAUUAACAAGAAGGCCGCUUCUAGACCAGCGUUAAAGAUUUUGAAAUCUGUCAAUUCACAAAGUCAAAGGGCAAACCCGGUCGCAUGCUGGAAGAUAUCGAAUCACCGCAUUAAUGACUUCGCCUUUUCCCCCGACCGUCGUCACCUUGCCAUCGUUGUGGAGGACGGUACUUUAAUGAUUAUGGAUUAUUUAGAAGAGCGAUUGCUGGAUGUCUUCACGAGUUAUUACGGGGGUAUCAUUUGCGUUUGCUGGUCGCCUGACGGGAAGUACAUCGUCACUGGAGGUCAAGACGACCUUGUCUCCAUUUGGUCGUUUACAGAGCGUAAAAUAGUUGCUCGCUGUCAAGGUCAUAACUCUUGGGUAUCCUGUGUAGCUUUCGAUCCUUGGCGUUGUGAUGAGAGAAAUUACCGCUUUGGAAGCGUGGGAGACGACCGUCAACUUCUCCUAUGGGAUUUCAGCGCGGCUAUGCUCCAUCGCCCGAAGGCGCUGCAAGCUACUGCUCGUCAACGAAACAGCAUUGCUGCAAGCAGCCGUACUCGAACGGACAAUAACCGCGCAGGACGUGUGAGGUCAAAUUCGACUCAGACUGAUAGUCAACCGGGUAGAGUAGAUGCCGGGGUCACGUAUCACCCUGUUGAACCACGCGCAUUUACUGCACAGUUACCUCCUAUUUUGUCUAAGGUCAUCGGUGAGGACCGAGUAGCUUGGAUAGGCUUUUUGGAGGACUCCAUUAUGACGUCCUCACAUGAAGGACACAUUCGAACCUGGGAUCGCCCUAAUGAAAAAAUCAGCAAGGAGAAUGCUGAGGCAAGCACCCCAGAAGUCGAUUGAGCUCGACGAUAGUUACGUCUUGGCAUACGGAAUUCACCUCGCCCUUUUUUUUUGGUAGCUCGGCCGUUGGUCCAGGCCUUUGAUGCAUGACGAAGCUGCUUUUUUCCCAUUGUCUUAUCUCGAAACGCAGUACUUAGUUAUUUUGGGUCACUAUUUUGGAUUCGUGACUCCACUAGACCUUGAAUACCUUCCAGAACGUUCGAGGAAUA